UCAAUAAAGCUUGUCAAGAAAAUUCAAUGAAACAAAACUUGUGUCAUUAACGAAAAAAUAUUAAAAAUGUGAAAAUCAAAACCAUUCAAUAAACAAACAAAAGUUUUACACAGCAUUUCAUAGUUGAAACUGGUAAUAAAUAACAUGGAAAAUCGAAGUUUUGAUGUUGAAGAUAUUCUCGAUCUAACGGAUACCGAAGAUACGUCUUCGUCUUCUUCAAAUAUUGGGGUAUACGACAACCGAACACCUCUUGUGAUGGAUAUUCAUGAAGUUAAGAAAGACGAUCCUAUUGCGGAAAAUAGUUCACCUGAAACAAAGAUUAAGAAGCUGAAAAAGAAGAAGAAAGUUAAGCAAGUCACCGAUAAAAUGGAGCCGAGUAUUUCUUCGGAGAGCGCAGCAGAAGUCAAUUCUCUCGUUGCAGCAGUUGAGGAAGGCGCUAAAGAGGAAUUCUUCGAUGCACACGAGAGCUAUCAUGUUAUUCCAGACAAUCAAAUCGAAAAUUCAGAAGCUCAAGUAAUUCUGGCUUUAGCUGCUUCUGAGCAUCAACAAGGACCAAAAACAACUACACAACAGACCUCAAGUACCCAACCACCUUCCGCAAACCUUACCGAAUCGGAUAAAAAGCCUUCGAUUAUUUCAAAACCAGUAACGCGUCACGAUUGAAGAAAAAAGCCCCCGGACUUCCAUUGCUGGACAUGGGUCUCCCCCAAGCCUCGCCACAACGAUCAGUCUUGCGUUGUUUGCAUCGAGCGGAUUCCUAAUAAUAAUAUAUAAAGACUGUCGUAUAUUAGAGGAAAUCUGAAAGUGGCGCCUGUGACAGAGAAGUUGAGAAGUGCGCGUUUGGGAUGGUAUGAACAUGUGAUGAAACGAAAUGAAAAUGAGGUUGGUAAGAGAGUAUUAACUAUGAAUGUGGAAGGAUAUAGAGGAAGAGGUAGACCUAAAAUAAAUGGACGGAUUGCGUGAAAGACGAUAUGGGUAAGAGGGGAGUGAGCGAAGAAAUGAUGGAGGAGUAUGGAAGGAGAAAACAUGUUGAGCCGACCUCAGGUGACUGGGAGAAGGGCAGGAGAAUGAAUAAAGAUUGUCGCACCUAAUCGUACAGCAUCGUAGACUGUGUAAUCAAAUGUCGUGUAGAUCUGAUCAGACGAACGCUUUGGGCUGCGACCCCACGAUCUUUUUUCUUCCACUUUGUCAGUGACCAUCAUCCUUAAAUAUCAGCAGAUUGUAUCAGAGUGUAUAAAUUAUAUUUGCUACAAACGGGUUAUUUAAUAAUUACCUUAAAAGGAAUGCAGCUGAUCGCCCGCUUCGAACUAAUUUAAAGUAGAUAAAUAAGUUUUUUUUUGUUUCAGAAAUGCACAAGAUAUGGAAAGUGAAAUUAAAUAAAGAUAUUUGAUACGAGCA